GAAUUAACUCAACCAACGAUGCGUGUAUUCAUCUUAGCUCUUUUUGUCGCCGCAGCAAGUGCUGCAUCAUUGGCUCCCGUCUUCAGGGCUAAUGACGCCGUUCAAAACAGUUACCUGGUAAAGAUCAAGGAAGGACAUAAUGUCGACCUGUUUGCCAAACAACUACCAGCGCUUAAAAUCUCAAUUACUAAACGUUAUAAGUCCUUCCACGGUAUCGCAAUAAAUGCCCAAGCUAAAGCUAUCAGUAUGCUUCAACGCAUGCCCGAGGUAGAAUACAUUGAACAAGACGGUAUAUAUAAAUCAUCGGUUGAGUGGGGUUGCGACCGUAUUGAUCAGAGAGAUCUACCCUUAGAUGACGCAAUGACACUGUAUGGUGAUGGCAGCGGAGCACAUAUUUACAUCAUAGACAGCGGUCUGCGUCAUACACAUCAAGAAUACGAAGGGCGUGCCUCUUACUUUUACGACUACGAACCUAGUAACCAGGGUGAAGAUUGUAAUGGUCACGGUACUCAUUGUGGGGGUACCGCUGCAGGAGUGUCUGUUGGAAUUGCAACAUCCGCCAGUCUUUACAGCGUUCGUGUUUUGAGUUGUAUUGGCAUUGGUUUGACCACAAAUAUUGUGGCAGGAUGUGAUGCCGUUACAAAUGGAGGGUUUCAGCCGGGUGUUGCUUCAAUGUCACUUGGUGGAGGCGCAAGUCCUGCUAUGGAUGAAGCUGUAGAGAGAAUGAUGGAUGCUGGAUACACUGUAUCAAUAGCUGCCGGUAAUUCAAAUUCAGAUGCUUGUGAGCUUUCCCCAGCUAGAGUACCAGAUGCGUUAACAGUUGGUGCCACCGAGAGCUCUGAUAAACGUGCAUCAUAUUCUUGCUAUGGCACUUGCCUCGAUGUCUUUGCUCCUGGCAGCCUUGUAAGAAGCUCCUAUCAUACAAGCGAUGACGCCUACGCAACAUUGAGUGGAACAUCAAUGGCCUGCCCACACGUUACCGGUGUUGUUGCUGUACAUUUAGGUGCCAGUACUUGCAGCGAUAAUGCUAGUUGCGUGGAUAAAAUAGUCUCUGAUGCUACAAAGGAUGUUGUUGGCGACCCAGGAGUAGGAUCUCCAAAUCUUCUACUGUAUUGUGAUUAGAGCAAGAACAUUUAUUUUUUUGAAUUUAUUA